AUGCUGUUAGUUGAUCUCUCUCUCUCUCUUAAAAUGGAUUCGGAUUGUAGCUAUCACUACACGGACAAUUUCCUUAUCGACCCAUACGAGGAGGAGUUGAAGGAAGAGAAGAGGCGCCGCAAGGAAAUGGAGAAGAUGAAGCAGCAUUCGGACAUGGUUGGAUUCGUCGCCGAUGGCCAAUAUGGGAUUCCGAGAAGAUGCCCAUGUGGCAGUAGGUACUUCACCUGCACCAAAUUUAAGGAUGAUGGACUCCACUUUCGUCAGCCAUGGGUUUUCGGAGUCGAACAAGAGAUUGAGAAGCUAGUUAUGAAAGUUGAAAAGCAGAGCAAGACAAUUGAAGAAAUGCGAAAACAGAUUCAGAUCCAAGCCGAAGAGAUAGCGAAGCUCAAGACUUAACGAAUCUGCAAUUUCCUUUAAUUGUUGUUUUAAUUGUUGUUCAAGACUAACGUUUCCUUACACUUCAAUGUUUUAUAACUAUUUUUAGUGUUU